CGAGAGUUCCAUCGGCCAUAGUGUUCUGUGUAAUGCACUGUUUCGAAACUAUACGCAAAAGAUCAACAUAAAAUGAGUGCUUAUGGGUCUGUGGGAUAACCUAAAGACUUGGUUAAUCAUGUUUAAGGAGUAAAUCUUACAAGAAAUGGUAACUGGUGAAAACGACCUGACUCAAAUUGUGCCAAUGGAGGGUGUGUGUGUUGCUGAUGAGGAGAAGGUCCUCUGCAUCAUCAGUGACCUGGUGAACGUCACCAAGCCGGGAUGCAAGCACACCCUGAAUCUGCCAGCAUCUACCUCCGUGAGGGAGACGCUGAAGGAGAUGGUGAAGAUUUGCAACUAUGACCCCGAGACUGUCCUCAUUCACUAUGAAAUUACGCAUGGAGGAGGGGAUGAUGAUGUGAUUCUCAGCAAUGUAACAGAUAAAGCACUUGGAGCUAUCGUAGUUCCAAACAUACGGAAACACUCCUUCACUGUCCACGAGAAGGAAGGAGUGACGCCCAAAAAGAUGGAAAGCGAGACGUCCACAUCUGGCUAUGAGAGUCAGGCGUCCAGUAGCACCUCGUACACCAGCGGCGACACCUACACCAGCUACUCAUCGACGUCACACACAGACCCCUCCUACUCAUAUGCUUCAGCUCUCAUCAAAUCAGACACAGGGUAUGUUGGCCUCGUGAACCAGGCAAUGACGUGCUACCUGAACAGCCUGCUACAGACCCUGUACAUGACGCCAGAGUUCAGGGAUGCAAUCUACAGGUGGGAGUUCAAUGGGCCAGAUGAGGAGGUUGUGAAGAGUAUUCCCUUUCAGCUCCAGAAUCUGUUUCUACAACUACAGACAAGUAAGAAGAAGUCGGUGGAGACGACGGACUUGACCCGCAGCUUUGGCUGGGACAGCAGUGAAGUGUGGCAGCAGCAUGAUGUACAGGAGCUGUGUCGAGUUAUGUUUGAUGCCCUGGAACACACGUGGAAGAAUACAGACCAAGCCCAUCUCAUCAACCACCUCUACCAGGGAAAGCUCAAGGACUAUGUCAAAUGUCUUGAAUGUGGUUAUGAGAGUGCUCGCACCGACGCCUACCUAGACAUUCCCCUUGUUAUCCGGCCAUUUGGAUCCAACCAGGUGCAUGGAAGUGUGGAACAAGCACUGGAUGCGUUUGUUCAGCCUGAGAUCCUGGAUUGCAGCAAUCAGUAUUUCUGUGAACGUUGCAACAAGAAGUGCAAUGCCCAUAAGGGUUUGAAGUUUGUGUCAUUUCCCUACCUCCUAACACUACAGUUGAAAAGGUUUGACUUUGAUUAUGCAACAAUGCACCGCAUCAAACUCAACGACAGGAUGACGUUUGCGGAAGUGUUGAACCUCAAUCGGUUUGUGACCCCGGAGACUCCCUCCAAGGAGCAGAAGGUGGACGAAGCUGCCGAGGUUACCAAACCCAGCGCCGUCACCAGUAAUGGUCCUACAGACAGCAGUGAUGAGGGUAUAGACGAGGGUAUUGAGGUGGAGAAUGGGCUGUCUGGAGCUUCCUCCAGCAGUGACUCAUCUAGUCUCAGCAGUGAAGCUGCAACCAAUGACAAGAAUGCCAGGGAAUCCGUGUGUCAGGGCCCGUAUGAGUAUGAGUUAUUUUCUAUAAUGAUUCACUCCGGCAGUGCAGCAGGAGGGCACUACUAUGCUUAUAUCAAGUCUUUCAAAGAUGGUCAGUGGUAUAGUUUCAAUGAUCAGCAAGUCACAAGGAUAACAUAUGAUGAUAUCCGGAAGACCUAUGGAGGGUCCAGCCUGGGGAGGGGCUUCUACUCCUCUGCUUAUGCAAGCUCCACAAAUGCCUACAUGCUCAUGUACAGACAGAUUGACAAGCUCAGAAAUGCAGAGUGCAUGAUGCCGGAUGAUUUCCCCAAACACCUGAAGAGGGCGUUGCAGAAACAACAGGAGCAGGAAGAGGCAGAGAGAAAACAGCGGGAGAUAGACAAGUCCACCUGCAAGAUCAAGCUGUACUGUUUUCACCCAAGCAAUAAAAAGAAGAUGGAGUCGAAGUUUGAAGUUCAUAAAGACAAGACGUUGAAACAAGCCACAGAAAUGGCCUUCAAGUCGUUCGAGAUCGACAACGUAAUAGCUCUGUCAGACUGCCGCCUGGUUAAGUAUGAUGAGUACUCGGACUCCCUGGAGAAGUCAUUCGAUGGCGAGGACGACAGCUCCAUGGGCUGUCUUCUGGGAGGCGUCAAGUCCUGCUACAACUUCGACCUCCUGCUGGAGACCAAGCGACCUGACCAGAAGUUCCAGGAGUACAAGCCAGGAGGUGUGACCGUGAAGGUGUAUGUGGUGGACUCCAAGCAGGGAGAGAUCCACCCUCCGGUCAGCGUACGCGCCUACCAUGUCCAGACUGUCAGCGAGUUCAAGAACCUCGUCACACAGACCUUGGAACUCGAGUCAACGGAGAUGACCUGUGUCUUGGAAAGAUUCCACAAUGACCUAAGACCUCUCACAGUGCCAAACAAAACACUAAAAGCUGAAGGCUUUUUCAAAAGUAAUAAGGUGUACAUCCAGUACCCACACGACGAGGACGACAUGUACACCCCAUUCCUCAAGACCAAGUUCUACCAGCUGCUGGACCGACAUCAGAACACAAUUCGCAUAAACGUCACCAUCCCCACUCCAGAGGAUGUGGAGGACUACGUCAAAUCUAUCCAGCAGAGUCUCCUGCGUCGACAUCAGCUCACACUACGGGCCGACCCCUCCUCCAUGUGCAAUGAUGCCACAAGUGACUCUCCUGAUAUCGACGAGGGUAUCAGUGACCCUGUGGAUGGAAUAGAUCAUAAAAUGCGGGCCAUGGCUAUUCAUGGUUGCCAUAGUGACCCUUCUGUGUAUCAUAGUUGCCAAGACAACAGUGACAUCUCUCCUCAGGAGUCUGGGUCCGAGGGUCGUAGUAGCAGCCCCGUUGGACCCAGUACAAGUAGUCAGGAUACGAGCACAAGUGCGGAGUUCAGUCUCACCACGAACUACACGAACAAUGACGGUCAGUCCACAUCGCCAGACGAUCUUCAGCAGUUCAGUGAUAAGGGCUCCGGGGCUGUGGAGCACAGUUUCAGUGACCCCGAGCAGGUGUCGCCUCCGUGUCAAGUCUCGCCAAAUGGCGACUCAGGUGACAAAGAUAGUGACUUCAAGCGUGAAGAGAACUGGGACCUGGAGAUCGGCGACACGGCAGACAGUGUGUGUUCCAGCAUCACGUCCAGCAUGUCGGGGAAGGAGGCCAUGGAGGAGGAGGAGGCCGAACCUCCACGCUACUUCACCGCCAUGCCCAGCGACCCCCUGCCAGACACCAACCAAAGAAGUUUGACUGUGUUCGUGGACAAGAGGAUCACUCUUGGUGCAUUCAAGAAGGAGCUGGAGCCUUAUGUGGGGACUGUCAUGGAAAACUUUAAGGUGUACCGUGUGUACUCCAACAAUCAGGAGUUUGAGAGUAUCCGGCUCACCGACACGCUCUCUUUCUUGGAGGAUGGAAAGCUGAACAUCAAACUUGGCCGUGCGCUCCGCCCCGGGGAACACAGGGUAAAGGUGUACCUCCUGUCUGUCAAUGAAACAGAGCCGUGUAAGUUCCUGGUGGAGACCAUCCUAGCCAAGGGGAUGACAGUGCUGGAGUCCAAGAAGCUGAUUCUCCCCGAGAUCAAGGAACAGUGUGAGAUGGAGAUACCGCUAGACAGGUGUCGAUUACGAAAGAAAACAUGGAAGAAUCCUGGAACAGUCUAUAUCGAUUCUCAAAUCUAUGAGGAUGAAAUUGCCAUUUUCCCCAACUGGGAGGUGUACCUAGAAAUCCUGGAUGCUCCUGAGCUGAUGACGUCCAUGUCCCAGCUUGCUCUCUACAUCAGGCGAUGGCACCCAUCAACGUACGAAAUUGAUCCAUUCCAAGAAAUAGUUCUCAACCAGCAGACAGUGGAGGAACUCAAACUUAGGAUAGCCGAGAAGAGUCUUGUCCCAGGAGAAAACGUGGACUUUGCCAAGGGCAAGGGCACGUUCCCGUGUGAGACAUCGGUACUGGAGAUACAACAAGAUCUCGACUGGAACCCUCAGGUCUCCACCCUCAACGUGUGGCCUCUCUAUAUCUGUGAUGAUGGACAUGUGAUAUUUUACAGGGAUAAAACUGAAGAAAUAAUGGAGCUCUCGGAAGAAAAGAAGAAGGAAAUUCAGCAGAAAGAAAAUAUCAGAAUAUCUCGCUCCAGUCAAAGGCUGACUUACUCACCUCGUAAAGAGAAAGCUCUGAAGAUCUACACAGGAGAAGAUAACCCUCCUUCCAGCAGCAAGUCCUCGCCAGAUCUUGACUGAUUGUGUCCCCUUGAUUCUCAGUAAUAGUUCCUAUAAUCGACCGUUUGUGCCCUCCGUGUGUGUGGAUGUUAGGUCUCCCUGUGGAACGUCCUUGUUAUACCUGUAAACCAACAAACUCCAGGCUUCAGAGGGUUCUGUCAUCUUCACAAUGAUGGCAUUUUUAUGUAGUUAUAUGAUUCAACCAAAAGUAUGAUGGCAUCACAAUAUUGAAUUAGCUGUCAUAGAGUUCAUUCAGCAAGUGUGAAGUUUCCCCAAGUUGUUCAUUUGGAGAUUUUAAUGAUGUUGAUGAAUUGUAUUGCUGACCCCCACAGUUCAACUUAUGACCUUGAGAAUUUUCUGCUGCAGUGCCCUUCAUGGAGGCAUAAGUAUCUAUCAAGUCUGAAGUUCUUUUUAUUUGUCCUUUCAAACAUGAAAUCAUUUGUGUCUUGGCUGUAUUUCGCUAUAUGUUGCUUACGAGGGGGUUGGUUCUGAAGUUGAUGAGCCAGCAUCAGGCCAAAUGCCCAAUACACUGAUGUAAUAAUACACUAAUGUAAGGACAGGCAUCAUGGUAUGCAAGUCCACAGUGAAGCAUCAUCUGAUGGCUGUGCUGAAACAGGAGGCAGGCCAUGAUGUGUGCUUACAGAUGCCGUCUGUUUAAAUGUUGAUAGAAACAUUGCAACAAGUUAUCUCAUAAGUAGUGGAGUACCAAUAACACUUGUGGAGGAUCAUUUCAAGGAUGGCUGACAGUCCUCGGGGAAGACAAAGGAUCAUCAGAGUCAUUCUUCUUAGCCAGUUCUGAAGUGAAACCAGGCACGUGGGGAGAAGUCUGCUAGCUAUGUUGUCAGUCAGCAAAUUGUCAGGGAAGUGGUAUAUCUACUGUGGCUGCCUUCUUGUCCAGAUGUGAGGUGAGAAGUCUUCUGCUUUUGUUGUCAGAUAGUAAGUUGUCAAGGAAAUGGUAUACCUACAGUCUGACUUCUUGUCCAGAUGUGAGGUAAAGCCAGGCACUUUGUUGAGAAAUCUUCUGUCCGUGUUGUCAGGGAAGCAGUAUAAGUCUUCAGACUGAUUCUAUGUAGCCAAGCACUCUGUGGAGAAGUCUUCUGCCCAUAUUGUCAAGGAAGAAGUACAAGUCUUUAGACAGAUUCUAUGUUGCCAAGCACUGAUUCUGGUGUUGCCAAGUGUUUUGUGGAGAAAUCUUCUGCACAUAUUGUCGAGGAAGCAGUAUAAGUCUUCAGACUGAUUCUGGUGUUGCCAAGUGCUUUGUGGAGAAGUAUUCUGCCCUAUUGUCAAUCAAUAAGUUGUCAGGGUAUCAGUAUGAGUAUUGAGGCUGACUUGUGGGGUAAAGCCAGGUACUAGGUGAAGAAGUCCUCCGUAUUUGUCGUCAGGGAAGUAGUAUAAAUGUGUGGGACUGGUCGAGAUGUGUGGUGAUUGAAGCCGGAGAAGUCUUCCCAUGUGUUGUCUGUCAGCAGUUGUCAGGGAAGCAGUGUAUCUGCCGAUGUCUGAACACAUGUGAUAGAUGGGCUUGUUGGUGACUUGGGCUCUGAAGGAACACGUUUAAGUCAAACAGUUGGAAGGAUGCAAAGUAUAACAAGAUAUUUUUACAAUGCUGUCAUCAUCACAGUGUAUCGAAGCUUGCGGAAGAUACACACACGAAGCACUGCUGCUAACACUGGGAUAGUAUUGUUCAGUGGGGUUUGGUAGUACCUUCCCGGACCCACCUGCACAAAGAGAUCGUAGCACUAAGACUAUUGUGAUGCAUAUACUUUAAAAUAGACUUACAAUAGUUGUGUUCCAGGACCACUUUGUGUAUGCAGACCCUGGACAUGACUGAAUAUAGUAUGGCUAUACUUUUACAACAAAUACUGAUGUUGCUGCAUCCUCAGCAGCAGCAACAACUACAACCACUGCUACUGCUUCUACAGCAACUGUUACUGCUACCAUGACAGCGAUGAUGUCCACACACACAGGGUCAAGGCCAGGGCUCCGCCCUGAAGGUGGCAGCACAUGCGAGUGUAGCUGGCCGUCUCUGCCCUGGUGCAACUAUCCCGAUCUCAUGUGUGUCCUAGCUAGGUCUAGACAUGUCUCUUGUUAAUGUCCUUCUUAUAUCCAUAAUCAUUAUGAUAAGCUGUGAUGAUGAUGAUGAUGAUGAUGAUGAUGAUGAGUUAGACUGGAGAGGGAAGUCAUUGUCUUAUAACAAAUGAUAUACAUAAUUCAUACCAAUGAUCUGGUUGAUUGUGAUUUUGCAUCUAACCCUUAUAAUGGUAGCAUCUGGGAGGUGUUAUAUAAGUCUUGGUACAAAAGUUCAUCAAGUGAUAACUACUGUUCUUUGUCAAAUUAGUUCUGAGAUGAUCUACUAAACUAAAUAGUGUUAACAGCUGGAUUCAUUACAACAUACCGUAUUCGACCCAAUAAGCGCCCAUGUCCCAAUAAGCGCCUCCCCCUUCUGUCUUUAUUUUAAGCGCCCUGGGCGCUUAUUGGGUCGAAUUCGGUAAGCAUUUUCCUUUGUGCAUUGCUGCUGAGGCAGUGUGAAACGGUAAUCUCCGUGUUUACAUCACUAUGUAUUAUUAAUCAAGUUGUCCCUGUGUUUGCUCAAUACUUAACUUCUACUUAUUAACCAUCAGAAACCUGAUUGCUUCAUGCAGACUCCAUAAACAUUCACUCAUUCUGGGGCUUCACACUUUGUUUGUAUUUAGAAUAAAAAUGGUUAAAUUUUAAGAAAGUGAACUUGUGGAAAUAUGAGGAUAGGGAAUCCCAGUCCAGCCGUAAGCUUGAUGGAAUCCAGGUGGUAUGUGAUACGUGUCCUCUAUGUACAGAUGAUGUGUGUGACCUUUGUACUCCAGGAUGGGGAAACAGGCUUCCGAGACUCACAGCCUGCGCAUGUCUCUGUGGGUCUCCGACUGUGUACACCAGGACUCACAGCCUGUGCAUGUCUCUGUGGGUCUCCGACUGUGUACACCAGGACUCACAGCCUGUGCAUGUCUCUGUGGGUCUCCGACUGUACACCAGGACUCACAGCCUGUGCAUGUCUCUUUGGGUCUCCAACUGUGUACACCAGGACUCACAGCCUGUGCAGGUCUCUGUGGGUCUCCAACUGUACACCAGGACUCACAGCCUGUGCAGGUCUCUGUGGGUCUCCGACUGUGUACACCAGGACUCACAGCCUGUGCAUGUCUCUACGGGUCUCCGACUGUGUACACCAGGACUCACAGCCUGUGCAUGUCUCUGUGGGUCUCCGACUGUACACCAGGACUCACAGCCUGUGCAGGUCUCUGUGGGUCUCCGACUGUGUACACCAGGACUCACAGCCUGUGCAGGUCUCUGUGGAUCUCCGACUGUGUACACCAGGACUCACAGCCUGUGCAUGUCUCUGUGGGUCUCCGACUGUGUACACCAGGACUGACAGCCUGUGCAUGUCUCUACGGGUCUCCGACUGUGUACACCAGGACUCACAGCCUGUGCAUGUCUCUGUUGGUCUCCAACUGUACACCAGGACUCACAGCCUGUGCAUGUCUCUCGGGUCUCCGACUGUGUACACCAGGACUCACAGCCUGUGCAUGUCUCUACGGGUCUCCGACUGUGUACACCAGGACUCACAGCCUGUGCAUGUCUCUGUGGGUCUCCGACUGUAGACCAGGACUCACAGCCUGUGCAGGUCUCUGUGGGUCUCCGACUGUGUACACCAGGACUCACAGCCUGUGCAGGUCUCUGUGGGUCUCCGACUGUAGACCAGGACUCACAGCCUGUGCACGUCUCGGUGGGUCUCUGACUGUGUACACCAGGACUCACAGCCUGUGCAUGUCUCUACGGGUCUCCGACUGUGUACACCAGGACUCACAGCCUGUGCAUGUCUCUGUGGGUCUCCGACUGUGUACACCAGGACUCACAGCCUGUGCAUGUCUCUACGGGUCUCCGACUGUGUACACCAGGACUCACAGCCUGUGCAGGUCUCUGUGGGUCUCCGACUGUAGACCAGGACUCACAGCCUGUGCACGUCUCGGUGGGUCUCUGACUGUGUACACCAGGACUCACAGCCUGUGCAUGUCUCUACGGGUCUCCGACUGUGUACACCAGGACUCACAGCCUGUGCAUGUCUCUGUGGGUCUCCGACUGUGUACACCAGGACUCACAGCCUGUGCAUGUCUCUACGGGUCUCCGACUGUGUACACCAGGACUCACAGCCUGUGCAGGUCUCUGUGGGUCUCCGACUGUGUCCUGGACACCAACUGGUUCAAGGGUUAAAAAUUCCAUGUUGAUUAAAUCAAAUAAUUUUUGAGUGAUUUGUGUGUUUGGAUUUAUGUAUGUACAUACUGAAAUAUAACCACGGAGUCUGACUUCAGGUAUUGAUAUUUGAUAUUGAUGCUGUAGUGUUAUGUUCUGAAGGAACUUUUUGUCUUUGGAAACAAACAAGCAGUAUUUUGAUCCAGGUAAAGAAAUGUGUUGAUUUCCUGAAGAGAAUUGUUUCAAUGAACACCCACUAUUUUAUGUUGUUUAGUUAAAAAAAAAUUUCAGCCACUAUAUAAGGCCACACUCAUUCAUUUCAUAUUAAGGUCAAAUUAAGGAGGUUACAGAUAAGGUCAAGGCCAGAUGCAGGUUUGAUCUUGUUGUACAGACAGAACCUUUGCGAAAAUAAGAAAUUUAUUUAAAUGAAGAUGAUGUGUUUGAUUGAAACUAUACUUUAUUUUUCACGUUUUUGUUUUUAGUUUUGUUAAGACUCUUACCAAAUUCGCCGUAUAAAGACCCUGACCAACUUCUAGACCAAUCUGUAGAUAAUCUUUAUACGCCCCCUACAAAAACCAGAACUUUACAGGAUAGUUCUUAUUUUCAUGAGUGUAUUACAGAUUUAUUUACAGAAAACAGCAGGGGUGUGUCCUGUAUAUAUUUGCCUUGUAACUAUUAUCAAAAAUGUUUUAGCAUCGAUGUUUGAACUUAGUUCUAAACCACCUGAAAUCAGAUUUAACAUGAGUAUGGUUUCAAUAACACCCUCUUUGUUAACUUACAGUGAGUAUGGUUUGGUAUGUUUUUGGCAUUUUGACCAAGGAAAUCUUUAAAACAAGAAAAUAUAUUGAUCUGGCCUAAAAAGGAAGUUUUGAAAUGAAACAGUCCCCUGAAGAAGUAAUUUCUCACCACAGACCCAGACUGCAUCUGUCCUUCCAACCAUUGCCUAUUGAUGGCGGUGUUUAUGGAGAGGAGCGUCCUCCGUAUUAUGCUCCGCUGUUUAUGCCAGGGAUGUACAUGAUGGUGGAUCUUGCUUCAGACAGAAAUUUGUCUCAUUCAUGAAAUCAUCAACUAAAUCUUUAAAAGAAUGUUUUAGACCAAGUAGUAAUUUCAGUAAUCAAGUUGUCUUUUGUUUUGGAGUUUUUUAAGUGAUUGGAAUUUGUAAAAUGUUUCUGAUAUGGAUGCCUGUAUACAUAUGCUGACACUGUUGGACACUGAUGUUUCACUUUGACAAGUUUUGUAUGGAACACAAUAAUGCUAGAACACUACACUGUCAGUUGCGUGGGUUUGUGUGCACCGACAUCAAACAGGGCUUUCAGCAAAGGGACAUAACUGCUGAUGUUUUGAUAAUCCUAGUCUGAAACAAGCUUGACCACAAUUUCAGUGCAUUUUACCUGUUUUUGUGAAAAGAGUAUCCUGUAGUGUAAAAUACCAUUGUUUAUGCUUGAGAUAAAUUACGUUAUGUCAACAAGAGUGCUAUACCAAGUAAGUAGUCAUGGUUGCAAUAUGUUUCUGAUAUCAUGCUGUAAUAUCCAUCAGGCUUGCCCUGAUGUCACCCAUGUUGUAGACACUGCAUAGUGAGCUUGUCAAUCAUACAUUUCCCAUCUUCCCGAGGCAAGAGAGUUAACUGACUAUAAAAGUCCAGUUUCCACCCUUCCGAACUAGGCUGGUAUUAUGGAGUUACAUUUUGGCUGGACUAACGAGUCUUUGCAUAGUCCAAUCAAAAUCGCGCACCGAAAUAAAAAUCCGGUUCGUAAACUGUCGUGCAGAUUUCGGUCGAUUGCAGGAUUUGCAAAGCAUGUGCACCGCCAACUCGUUGUCAGCAGAUAUUUUCCAAAUCUUUUCAUGUUUUUAAUCAAGGUGCACAUGUGAUUUGAUGCAUUUCGCGAUGUAAGACCCGUUUUAUCACAAUAUAGAUCUUGAUUAUCGAUCAGAUUGUCCUGACUGGGUGCCACCAUUUUGUGUGAAGCAAACGCAAGUGAUGGAAUCUGAUUGGUCCAUAGGAGAGGCUUAAAAGGGACAUAACUGGUAAUAGCCACUGCUGGCGUUACGAUCGAAACCCAGUAAUUCCAGCCUAGUUCGGCAAGGGUGGAAACUGGACUUUUGAAGUCAGUUAACUCUCUUGCCUCGGGAAGAUGUACAUUUCCUGUGUUUGAGGUAGUUUGUAAAUACACUACAAAGAUGUGAAGUUUAUUUUGUUGAAGACCCUGAAGUUGUUAUUUUGUUGCUAAGAUUUAUAAGACUGUACAUAUGCCUGUGUACCAGCCACUGUUACUCCGUGUUGAAAUAAGUGCUAAGAUGUACAUGUAGAGCUGCCUCGUGUGACUCGGCUGCUUGAAAACAAAACUAGUUAGCUGACAGUUGUCUAUGGUGGGUGUCAGUCAUUCACUCCCCUCACACCAAUGUUGUCUGAUGGACAUACAGAUUAACAACAGAGUAUGAUGACAGUGUAUGAAAGUGUUUGUACAAGAGAUCCGAGCUAGACUGACCGCUAAGGCUGUAUUUAUGAAUUCCACUGUAUCAAUGGUGUCACUGGUGAAUGUUGCAGGACAGGCAUACAUGAUGCAUGAAGGGUUAAUUUUGUAAAUGUUGCACAAAGUCUGGUGGCCCAGUUUUGUAGUUUGCCUACCCAGGGUGGAUGAUUGAUAGUGGCAUGUCCCCAACCCAGGGUGGAUGAUUGAUAUUGACAUGUCCCCCACCAUGGGUGGAUGAUUGAUGUUGACAUGCCCCCCACCUAAGGUAGAUGAUUGAUAUUGACAUGCCCCCCACCUAAGGUGGAUGAUUGAUAGUGGAGCUCCCUUCCCACCCAGGGUGGAUGAUUGAUAGUGGAGCUCCCUUCCCACCCAGGGUGGAUGAUUGAUAGUGGAGCUCCCUUCCCACCCAGGGUGGAUGAUUGACAGUGAAGCUCCCUUCCCACCCAGGGUGGAUGAUUGACAGUGGCAUGUUCGCCACCAGAGUUGACAAUUGACAGUGGCAUGCCCUCCACCUCGGGUGGAUGAUUGAUAGUGGCACUGCCACCCACCCAAGGUGGAUUGAUUGUAGGAUGCCCUCCUCCCAGGGUGGAUGAUUGACAGUGGAGUUCCCUCAUCACCCAGGCGGGUGACUGAUAGUGGCAUGCCCUCCAUCCAGGGUGGAUGAUUGAUAGUGGCAUGCCCUCCUCCCAGGGUGGAUGAUUGAUAGUGGAGUUCCCUUCCCACCCAGAGUUGACAAUUGAUAGUGGCAUGCCCUCCUCCCAGGGUAGAUGAUUGAUAGUGGCAUGCCCUCCUCCCAGGGUGGAUGAUUGAUAGUGGCAUGCCCUCCUCCCAGGGUGGAUGAUUGAUAGUGGAGUUCCCUUCCCACCCAGAGUUGACAAUUGAUAGUGGCAUGCCCUCCUCCCAGGCGGGUGACUGAUAGUGGCAUGCCCUCCUCCCAGGGUGGAUGAUUGAUAGUGGAGUUCCCAUCCCACCCAGGGUGGAUGAUUGAUAGUGGCAUGCCCUCCUCCCACGCGGGUGACUGAUAGUGGCAUGCCCUCCUCCCAGGGUGGAUGAUUGAUAGUGGAGUUCCCAUCCCACCCAGGGUGGAUGAUUGAUAGUGGCAUGUUCCCCACCAAGAGUUGACAAUUGAUCGUGGCAUGCCCUCCACCCAGGGUGGAUGACUGAUAGAUUGUAUAAACUUUCAUGUAAUGUAUAUAGCCACAGUUGCCCUGCAGUCACCAUCACCAUCAGGCGCAGGGCAUAGAAACUGUCUUGUUUAUACAAGCCAAUAAAAAUAUUUGUGAAAA